AUGCUCAAUCUUUACUGUAGAAAGAACAUCAUAUAUUCCAGUAGGUUGGGAUUUAGAUUACCUGUACGACAUUAUUCAUCUUUACCUCCCAGAGCGAGCUUACAUAGCGAUUUAUCACCAGUCAGCAUAUUUUGGCACCAAAGAUUCCCAACAGCCUAUAAAUAUUUUUCACUCGUGGUUGCCUCUGCAGGCACAUUGAGAUAUAUACAUCCAAAUACUUUAAUAACAAUUGGUCCACCACUAGCUGUUGGUAGCUGGUUUAUAUACAAAUGGUACAAGCACAGUUAUUCGUAUAAACGGGAGAUUGCCAAGAUUUAUCCAAAGCUGACACUAGAAGCACUGGAUCCAAACAACCAGAUCUUAAUGAAGCCUUACGAUGAAGCUAGCGUAGAGAAUGUUCUAAAUGGGAUUGAGGAUGAAUUUGACUCUUUCAAAACCCAGAUUCUUCCUCUUAUUGAACUGAAGUUGAUAGACUAUGCGAUAUUGAAGAAUAAUAAUCCGUUGGGAAUCUUCAAGCGUCGUGAGGAUGGCAACGACGAACAAUUAACUUGUAAGUUAGGCGAUGAUUUUGAAACCUUUAUUGUACUACCCUUAAUUGACAAGUAUUUGCCUUACAACGAGUACCAAAGAGAUCUAAUGGAGUCCACUGAAGGUCGAAUAGAAUUUGAUAAAUUUAUCAAAUUCUCUGUUCCAUUUUAUUCAUCAAAGGAUUCUACAACGAGGAAGAGACUAGCUACAGUAGAAGUUUAUUUAUUGCAGCAUGUAAACACAGAUUCUGAAAACCAAUUAUAUAAGAUUUCAGUUGAACUAGUAAAAUAUGGUAGUUUUAAUAGAAGAAGGUUACUCAUUGAAGAUUUUGAGAUUGGUGGGCUAACGAAGAGUCUUAAAUUCAAUGAUAAACAAGACUUCAUAGAAAUAUAA